GUGUGCAGCAACAUUUACUAGCGUCUACGCUCAGUCGAUUCACAGCAUCGCGCGCUGUUGCCAGCCAGUCAGACGGGACGACCCAGCAGCCGCGCGUAUCGCGUUCCAAAUUCAAAUUACGAUUUAUUUUAAUUUUGAAUAAUCGUCUGUCUUGACUCUAUUAUCAAGAUCAUCGAAUUUAAAGGCAGAUUAUAGUGAGUGUAGAAUAUCAAAGUGAAAAAAAUUAUAGAUAAUACCGGUGAUGCGAUAAUAAAUAGCAAUAAGUUAAAUACAGAAACAAUGAAUAUCGAAACGCAAGAAUAUAUUAAUGGUUUAAGGCCGGGUCCUUUGUCGAGCGAGAUACCAGAAUGUAUGAGGAACAAAUACACUUUAGUUCAAGCGAUUUUCGAGCUUAUCGUCACUCUAUUGACGGCACUUGGACACUUAUUUUACGAAAUAUACAAAUCAAUAUUUAGAGACCCGAAAAAGGAUUUGAAGGGUCAAAUUGCCUUGAUAACUGGAGGUGGAGGUGGUUUGGGAAGCCUUAUAGCAUUGCGGCUCGCCAGACUCGGAUGUGUCGUCGUACUUUGGGAUAUAAAUAAGCAAGGUUUGGAAGACACAGUGAAGUUAGUCAAAGGUGUCGGCGGCAAAUGCUUCGGCUAUGUAGUGGACUUGGCUGCUCGUGACGACAUCUAUCGGGUGGCUAAACAGGUCAAGAAGGAAGUUGGAACUGUGUCGCUCCUCAUAAACAAUGCAGGAGUGGUAUCUGGUCAGUAUCUUCUGGAGACGCCUGAUCAUCUCAUUCAGAGGACCUUCGACGUUAAUAUCCUAGCACAUUUCUGGACGGUCAAAGCUUUCAUACCAGAUAUGAUAGACAGCAAUCACGGGCAUAUAGUAACCAUAGCAUCGAUGGCUGGACAUGUUGGGGUUCCAAAACUCGUGGACUACUGUGCCUCUAAAUCAGCUGCUUGUGGUUUUGAUGAAGCCCUGAAGGUUGAGCUGGAUUCAAAGGGAAUAAAGGGAGUCCGCACUUCAUUGAUAUGUCCAUACUUUAUCAGGGCAACGGGGAUGUUCGAAGAAGUGCAGUCAAGGAUCGUCCCUCAGCUGAAUUCCAAUGAUGUAGCAGAUAGAGUGGUCUACGCUAUACGGACGAACGAAAAUGUCGCAGUCAUACCAAGCUAUCUUCGAGUGCUGUUACCGUUAAAAUGGUUGGUACCUUGGGCGUGUGUUUCUGAAUUCAUCCGUGGCUUAGUACCGGACGCAAUGCCAGCACCUAUGCCCAUGCCGGAAAGAAAAGUUAAGGCAGAUAGUCUCAAACCAAACGGAAAAUUGGAGUCCCGCCCCAUGACCCUUAUACCACCAGCGAGAGAUGAUCGACGUGUCUGACACUCUCUUUUUAUAUCCAUGACUUUAUAGUGCCAAGAGUAUGCUUGUGAAGCAAGAAAAUAUAUGGUAUUGGUGUAUAAAUUUUACAUAUUUCCGAUAGCAUAUGUAUGUGUAUAAUCUGACAUUGUUUUAAGUUUUGUAUAAGUGGUGUCGAUAUCGCCAUGCAAAUUCAGCAAGUACUGUUUAAAUAAAUUAAUGAAAAAAGUAUCGGUAAACCCUAGCUGUUUUAUAAAAUGGCCGAAUAUCUUUCAGGCCGUUAGAUGAAUUGCGCCGUUUAGUUAAAAGGCUAGGCUGUUAAUCGAACGGCUAAUUAAGCUAGUUGGCUGCGACAUAUACAAUAAUAUAAAUCAAAAACUAAACGCUUUAAUCGACAAAAUGUAUCUGACAAUGUUUGAGUAUAACGACAUGUUGGUGUGACUUGAUGGCCCAUGAAUAAAAGCCGUAUUAAAAGGUGCUUCUAAUAAAAUAUUUAGUUGAAAUUACCGAUGGACCAAAAACAUUCCCUAAAGAAUAAUGAAAUUACCAUAGUAAGUAAACUUUUAGACUUCUGAAUUGGACUAUCUUCAUGAAACUAACUAUUAAACGGUACUGUACUCGUCAUGUAUAUAUUGGUCUAUUUUUUCAUUCUCCUAACCAAAAAUUGAUUAAUGGUGCAAUUUAAUAAGUGUCCUUAUUCAGACUUAAUGUUUAAUUCAUAAAAUUUACAAAGAUCUUAAAAUAACAUCUUAAGUCAAGGAAAUAAACAAAUCAUUUACUUUUGACAUUUUGACGUCUGCUUGUCUAUAGAAUUUCAAAUAAGUUGACGAAUUGAACAUAAUUAUAUUCACUAAUGUGCCUUUGGCUACAUUUAAAAUAUUAUCAUAAAUUGUAAAAUAUUGACAUUCGAUACUAACAUUAAGUUAAGGAAUAAAAUAGUAACGCUGUGGUACUUAGUCAAUAUGUUAACAGGAGAUUCUGGAUGUGAUUUCUAGUUGAAUAGUUUAUUUUAUAUCUCUUGAUAAAUGUUAAUUACUGCUAUAGUUGCAGAAAAAGAUCACCCGUUUAUGAAUAAAACAAAAUAACAUCAUAUAAUGUAUUUUUUUGAAUAUUUUUCCUCAAAGUUACCCCUUUUUGUAAUUAUAGCAGUAAUAAAGCUGUUCUUAAAAGCAGUUUUAUGACAUUACCUCUUAUUUUUUAAAUAGGUAAUCAAAAAGGGGUUUGGUUAGAUAUAACGAUUUGCUCAAGGUCUGAAUUGUUAUGUGUAUAUAGGUAUGAGUAUAAGACAAUUUAGUUUGUACCAUCUAACUUGGCCGCCAGUAAUUUUCCAUAAAGUCAGUUUUUGCUGAUAGUAAUUAACGAGAUAAUUUUGUAACAAUGAAAACUAUAAAACAACAAUAUUUUAGAUUUGGCACCAUAAAUGAGUUUAUUCAAAAAACAAUAAAAUAUUAUUUAUAUAAGAUAAAAUUAAGAAUGUUUAAAUUUAAUUUUCUUACAGACGGUCAAAUUAUAUUGGGCAAUAAUUAAAUAUAAUCUAAAUACUAAUUACUUCUUUAACCGAAUAUUGUGUAAUAAAGUAUAUGUAAAUAAUUCGUUUAAAUUUUAAGUAUAUAUGUUUUGUACAAUUUAGCAUUUUAAU